GUCACUCUCUUGUUUCGGUAUACGUGAAAAUCAAACAAGUCGAGGCUAGGAAGGAAAAAGCCAGCUCUUCCCCACUGACACUAUUAUAAACAAAUCCAAUGCAGCCAAAUCUUUCAGCUUCGGAAACCACCUAACCAUCAUCCAAGCUGAGUUAUGGAGCCACGUGUCGUUAGCUUUUGUCACUUUUGCUUUCGCUUUGCCGGCUUUGGCACCUUUUGCUUUUCCUUAGCCCCCACUCUUUCUCUCUCUGUUUCCGCACAGGCCACAGCAAACUCCAAUCAAACCAAGGGAUUGCCAUCGUCCCAUUAAGCAUUAUAUAAAUCCUUUGAGUCUUCAUGUUCUCCGUUCGUGCCAAAACACUUCUUUUCCUCCCAACGUACAAUUUGAUAUUGUACACACUUCCAUCCCAAUAUCCCUUCAUUUCUUCACAGCUAUCCUAUCAUAAUCUCUCUCGGUCUCACACUGUAGUCAAUCUUAAUCAUUAUUUCUUUUUUGGGGAAGUCUAGGAAAUUAAAGUUGCGAAGAUGAAGAACAAAGCAUCUGGAUUCUUGAAGCAGAUAAUAACAUAUUUAACCACAAUGGCCAAGGCUAAGACCCUGGCUUUCAAGAGCAAAACGAAAGCCAUCAAGACUCGCCUCGUCAUAUUCUCCUUGCUUCGGAACAAGAAACUUCUGAUGAGCUCCAUAUCCCAGAAGCUGAACGGCUUGAUGGGGCAGAAUAGCAGAAACUCCAAAGAACUAGAAGACGGUGUUGCUGAUGGACUUGGAGACCAGCAAAGCCAAGCAAUCAUGCUUUACAAUAGUAAUAGCGCUAUGUGGCUCCCGAGUGCAACAAGGACAGAGAUGGAGAUGGAGAUGGAGAUGGAGAUGGAGAUGGAGAUGGAGAUGGAGCUGCAAGAGAAAGGGGAGUAUGAAGAAGGACAGGAUGAUCAGGAGGUGGAAGACAAGUACCCAGACCUCACUCACUCACUUUUCGACUCUCAAGAAAUGGAGUUUGAUGAUCCAGGAGGCUCAGUGAUAGAUAUAGUGAAGAACUCAAAAGAAGACAAAGGGGAAGAGUUCAAGCUGGAGGACGAGAUAGACCAAGUAGCUGACUUGUUCAUAAGGAGGUUCCACCGUCAAAUAAGGUUGCAGAAACAGCUUUCAUUGAAGAGACAUCGCGAAAUGUUGGAGAGGAGCAUCUAGCUGUAUCUGUAGGGUUAUAUGGCAGAUCUGACAGCAAAGUUUUUGGUUGCUGUACAUGAAUACAUAAUUAAUGCGGAACUCGCCUGCAACAAAGCGGAUGGCCUGGAGCUCCCUCCCAUUGGCAUAUUGACAAAGAGUAUCGUACCUUAUCAGCGUCUUAGGCUUACUUUCUGUUGUUAACGAAAAGAAAAGAAAAUCAAUGUAUGCUCUGCUUUUGUAGAAAUGAAUGCAAAAGUGUUUUACAUAAAUUAAUAAGAAAAACAAGUUGGAUAUUGCUUUGCUUUUUCAA